CCUCGUCAUUUUCUCCUGGGAGGCGAGGAAACCAUAAAAAACCCUCAAGCAGCAGACUCGCCUCAACCUUGCUACUCCGACGAACUGCUACAGUGCCAAGCCACAAGGGGCGAUCGACUGUUCACUCGGCUCUCUCUCUCCCUGCCACCAGAUCUGCUAGGCGUCACCCGUUGUCAAGGGGUUCGCCGUCACCCGUCAUCAUGUUCUAUUCCGGCGGGGUUCAGUUCAGCCAUCGUUGGCUCUGUUGUUGCCAGCAUUGCCGUCGUCCUCUGACGUCGUCGUGGGUUUGAGGUUUGGUUUAUGGCGGGAAAGUGAAUGAAGUUCCUGUGACAAGAAUUUACGGCUCAACUUCGGCUGGAUAGAAGAUCUGUUUUCAUAUACAUCGAGGCUCUAACACAUAUGUAGCAGGAAGUUGUGCUCAACCCCCCUUCCCUUCCUGAUUGCAGGGAAAUUUGUUUUCAUUGGUGGCAAAGAAUCAAACACAAUACCUUCUCGACUGACAAUAACAUAGUCUUUUGUAUAGUGCAAUGGAGUGAAGUUAGAUUAGUGUUAUUUCAACUCCCAAUCCUUCGAAUUGGAAUCUCAGUCCCAGCAUGAGAAGCAUGGUGACUUCCAUUAUGCAGCAUGUUCGUUGGAGUGCACCACUUCUGAGACAAGCCAGCAAUUUCUUGUCGGACAGUCAGCAAUUCUAGUCAGACAGUUAGAAGGUGUUCAUAAUUGUAAGACAAAUUUCAUAGUUGUGGACGUAUAUAUUACUUCAUCCUUGGAAGUUGGAUUUUUGCACCUUGAGCUGUACCACAUCGUGCACAUCUGAUAUUACCGGGUGUUUGCAAGCUUUAUGUCCCAAACUGUUGCUUGUAGAUGACAUUCAAACUUCUCGGACUAUUGGAAGUUCAGAUGCGAAGGUCAUGGAGAAGGAAGCAUUGAGGCUUCUAAGUUGGCUUGCCUAGCUUGCACUCGAAAUAAUUUUGACUCCCUUAUUGCCUGCAACAACGAUGGAUAAGGUGCUGGAAAAAGCUAAUAUGGAUUUUGAGAGUGAAUCUCAUCAGGAGUGUCAAGAUAUUCUUGAUUCUGUUGACCAUUCAAAUAACUUUGAAGACUUGAAGGGGGGAUCCUCUUCUGCUGAUCAUAUUACUUUCAACAACCACCUUCAUGGUAGAAAACAAUUCCCCAAGUGGAUGGGUCCGCUGAUGAUCAAAUCUCAAUUCCUACUGCUGGUAAGUCAUUGAAAGUUGAAAUGAGAAAUGAAAAUUGAGCGUUUUCCGCAAGACAAUGAACGGGAAGAAAUUGGCUCAAGCUUUAGCCAUAAGAGCAAGAAAAGAAACCCAUUAUGGGGCUCUUUACCCUUUUCCUUGACUCAAAAGGUUAAUGAUGACCUCGAACCUUUUAGUAGAUGCUGCACAGAAACUGUAGAAGGUAAGUUUACAGGUUCUGGAUCUGGAAAUCAAGCGGACAGAGAUGUUUAUGACACGCAGGAUGGAAGUAAACUAGUUGGAUGCUCUGUGUGUGACUUGAUGAGGAGAAAACAAAGGGUCAGAAAGGCUUCUUUGGAGGAGGAACAACACUACCCAAAACCCUUAGAUCACACGAUACGGAAUUAUGGGCAGGAUGAGAGGCCUCAGGAGUUUGCCAACUCUGAACUUUCUCCAAGAAUGGAAAUAACCAGAGCUCGUGAUGUUAGACAUUGCUAUCACAUUGAUGACAUUACCACUCAAGCAUGUGGUGGUUCUACAGAAAUUACCACCUCAUUUCGUAGUAAUCCAUCAGAGUUUUUUAAUUCUGCAAAUCAAAAUUCGGGUAUUUCUGUAGCCUGUUGUGAGAAUGAUAGUAUGGGAGACUCGGAAUGUAUUGAUUUUAAGGAACGCAUAACUUCUGAGGCAUGUGUUGCACAACCAGAUUUGUGUGUUCAGAUGCAGAUUUUUGAUAAUGAUGACAAACUAUGUGAUAAUGAGAGGUUGAAGCUAGGAGACAGUACUGGUACAAGUAGUUUGUCUUCUGCUUCUUUCCAAAAGGAAAUUUUAGGUGUAGAUGAUUGUGAAUAUAAGAAUGCCCAGGAUGGAAAAACCUUGAUACCCAAGCUAUCUAAAACGCCAUCUACAAACGUUGGGGUCAUGGAGCCUGCAUCUGACUCAAACCAUUUUACAGUUUGAGUAUCGUGGUGGAGGACAGCAUGGAAAAGCUACUGACUUAUCUGUGCCUAUCAGUUCGGUUUCCUCUACUAUUGACUUUGGAACCAAUCCAAUGCAACUCAUUGGCAUGACCUUCAUAGGUAACCCCCCAUGGUGGACCUUAAUUUUAUCCAACGCAUUUUGCUUGAGGGAGGGGGAAGUUACGGAGGAAUAUCAGUUCAGAGAAAUCUUGGAGACGAAUUUCUUCCUUUUUUUGAGAGGAAUUGCUUGAAAGAUGGAGAGGUGCAGAAGAAGGGCUCAACAAAUAAGGACUUAGAUCCUCAAACGCAUCGUGGGUGUGCCUACCCACUAUCAAAAUGAUGGCUCUUACUUGUACAUGUUUACACCUGUGGUUUUCACCCCUGUCUGCAGAUAGUGUUUUCAGAUGGCUAUCGCACGUUGACUCAGGUGAUUCAGGACAAAACUCUAAUGCUGCCGCUAUGGAGCCAUCAUCCCCAAAAGGCUCCUCUAGCAGUCAGAUCGGUUCACAAGGUUCUUGGGUAGAGAGCUGCGGGAAGUGUGUUCCAGAACCCGGCUCGGUAUCUGUCAAGUCUCUUAUUCUGGGUAAACUAAAACAACAAAUCCGCAGAGAUCUCAAUGCUGAGAUGAAUCGACAGGAAAACAAACCCAUGGAGAUCUCAAUGGAGUAUAUCUUAGUGAAAGCGAUUCUACGAAAGGAAAAGAAUGCUCUGAUUGCUUGCUGGAUAUGUCUCAGAUUUCUGGCCCAGAUGGGAAAUCAAAGCCAACUCCUGUAAGCCAAAUUGGAUUCCGUGAUCCAGCAAGUUUUGGUGGGGGUCAGCAGCUAACAUUGUUGAGUGUAGAGGUACUUGAAAAAAGCUUCUUCCUAUUGCCAUUGUGUUUGUGCUCUAAUAAAGUGCAGUAUAAUAUAUCUUGAAUCAAACGAUAAUGAGAUACUCUGGAAGUCAGUUUACGUUGUCUUUUCAUUUGUCACACACCUUUCAGACUUACUGAGAUAUUUAAGUUGCUAAAAAGGCCUUCUGACAUAAUA